UAAACUCAGAUUCAAUCAAUCAUCGGAAUUUAUAAUUUUUGAUCUUGAGACCUAUAAACCAAACGAUUUGUCCAAAAAGAAGAGAUCAAAGUUUCUUCUUGAAAAAGAACGAAACACAAAGGCUAUGGCAUAUUCAACCAAACUUUGUCUUCCUCUUAAAACGCCAUGUUUUGUUCCAAAGACAGUAAGAUCAAAGACUUUGAUGCUACAACAGAGUCAAGUUCAUGUUAAUGUCAAGCAAGUCACAGUUUCACAGCCUCAGCCGAUCAGAUACUCCACCAAGAACACUGUUUUUGAAGAUCCGACACAAGGGAUCAUCUGUUACACAGAUGAUAAUGGAGAAGUUAUAUGUGAAGGAUACGAUGAAGGUCCUCGUUGUCCCACACAGAGUCCAAUGGUAACUUCUUACUCAAGAGAGGUGGAGAUUCUUGAUCUUCUGCAAAGAAGUUAUCAGGAGCUGAGUAAUUCAAAGAAGGAUGGUCAAAGACAGAUACUUGCUUCUGAACAAGAGUUCAUGAUGAUCAAAUGGAGCAGCUUUGACUUCCUCUAAAUCCCUUUUCUCUUUUUGAUUCGAAAGAUCGAAAUCUGGUUCUCUCUUCAAAAUGGCCUCUUGAAUAAGAAUGUACAGAAAAAAGGCUGUGAAAGAAGCAGCGAUUUGCUUCUUUCUUGUUUCUCUUUUGUAAGAACAAAAACAUGAAUAUAUGUCCAGAUUUUGA